UAAAAGAAGAUUACGGUACCAGUGUUAACAAAACAGUAAUGGAAACACGUUUAAAGCAGCAAAGACAUAAAAAUAAUGAUCUUCCAUCAAUGGACGAUAUAGCUAAAUUAUACAUGUAUUUAAAAUGUAAACGACAGGAAGCAUUGGACAAUUUAAGAAAUGAAUACACAUAUCAAAAUUGGCAAACAUUGGCCGAAUGUUCAUUAACUUCAGUUCAAUUAUUCAACCGCAGACGAGCUGGUGAAAUUGAACGUAUGCUCAUAGCCGAUUUUGAACAGUACAAAGGUAUUGAUCCUGAUACAGCGGAUGAUCUUUUUAAAAAGAUUUCAUUAAAAGCUCAAGAUGCAGCAAAGAAAUACGUACGAUUUGUGAUUAGAGGGAAACUUGGUCGCCCUGUACCUGUCCUACUAAACUCUAAUUUAUUAGAAUGUAUAAAAUUAAUACUACAAUUUCGCUAUAAUGCCAAAGUUCCUGCAAAAAAUCCUUAUGUCUUUGGUCUUCCAAGUUAUAAUUUAAAACGUUUUAAGUAUUUAAGAGCUUGUAUUUUAAUAAGAAAAUUUUCUGAGGAUUGUAAUGCGGAAGUUGCGCAUUUGUUACGAGGCACUAAACUAAGAAAGCACAUAGCUACAUUUUGUGCAGGCAUGGAACUUGCUGAUACUGAAAUAUCUGAUCUUGCAAACUUUAUGGGACAUGCCGAAAAAAUACACAGAGAAGUAUACAGGCAGCCCAUUAUUAGUCGUGAUAUUUUAAAUAUAACACAACAUUUAGAAGCAGCUCAUGGAUAUGAUUCUCCAGAUACAGAGGAAAGUUCUAGUGAUGAAGAAUACAAUAGCACUGACGAAGGAAAUAAGGAAGGGAAUAAAGGAACUGUAAAUAAAGAAAUUGCAGAUGAUACUAACUCAUCUAUUGAUAUAUGUCAGUCAGAAAACGAAAACGUACAAAAACCAAGAACUAAAAGACGUUCUAGCUCUCCAUAUGGUCGAACAAAGCGAACACGAUGGAAUGAAGAUGAAAAAAUGGCGGUAUUAAAAGCAUUUGAUGAAAACAUGAGAAGUGGCAAGUUGCCUUCUUUACGGGAAAUUCAUCAAGUUCUAAAACAAAAUCCAUGUUUGAAAAAUAGAUCAUCUCCGCAAGUAAAGACGUGGCUGCACAAUCAACUUAAAAAGAUUAAAAAAACAACAGCAAAUUUAAACAAAGUUUAAAACUCUUUCUCUCUU